AUGUUUCCGGCUUAUCGCAUAACACCUGGCAUUGUGUCACUUUGGCUGUGCCUUCUUGUACCGCUUCUAGCAUAUGUACAAGCGUACGAGGAAUUAUCAGAUAAGACGCUAACCGAACUUCCGCGGCCCAAUAACGACUUCGACAUUCACAAUGGCGCUCUGCUAUCACCUAUACUAAGGACCCGCGUCCCUGGCACCCCCGGCUCCACCGCGGUACUGAAUCACUUCGCCGACUUUUUUCGAACUACAUUGCCCAAAUGGACUGUUGAGGUUCACAACUCUACAGCCAAAACACCACUAUCAAAGGGAAAGGAUGUACCCUUCCGGAACUUCAUCGCUACUCGCGAUCCUCCUUGGGCCUCAGUUGGCGACGUUGGUCGGCUCACCCUUGUCGCCCAUUAUGACAGCAAGAUAGAACCAAAAGGCUUCAUUGGGGGGAUCGACAGUGCUGCACCAUGUGCAAUAAUUAUGCACGCCAUGCGUAGCAUCGACGCCGCGCUGGAGAAGAAAUGGUCGGUGUUGGAGGCGCAGGGUCUAAAUGACUACGUCGAAGAGGAGCGGGGUCUUCAGGUUAUAUUCUUGGAUGGCGAGGAAGCCUUUGACCACUGGACUGAGACCGAUUCUCUCUAUGGAGCUCGUGCCCUGGCUACACAUUGGGAUGACCAAGUCUAUCCCGCGAUGUCGGAAUUCAAGACUCCCUUGUCAUCAAUCUCUCUUUUUGUCCUUUUGGAUCUGCUAGGCUCGAAAUCCCCGACAAUUCACUCUUACUAUGAGACCACCCAUUGGGCUUAUCAACGCUUGGGCGCCCUUGAGAAGCAGUUCAGGUUAUUGAAGCAGUUCAAGUCUACCUCGGCUGAUCCAUGGUUCGUCGAUACCGAAAAUGAUGGGCACAAGCUCGCGCCUAUGGGUGGCAUCCAGGAUGAUCAUAUCCCUUUCCUCGCAAAGGGAGUUGAGAUCCUCCAUCUCAUUGACUUUGCUCCCUUCAAGGGAUUCCCUCCUGUUUGGCAUACGAUCGACGACGAUGGUGAACAUUUAGAUUUGGAUACCGUCGAGGACUGGAGCAUGCUAGUUACGGCCUUCGCUGCUGAGUGGAUGGAAUUGGAAGGAUAUUUUGACCAUCCAUCUAGCCCCAGUCGACGCAGUGACGACGAGUCUGCUGAGUUAGAAGCACUCAUGAACAGGAAGACUGAGUUGUAA